ACGGUCGAAGCGACGCGACGCGACGCGCCGCCCGUCAUUCAGGCCGCCGCAUUGCUUACUGUGCACGAGCUUGCACCCAAUGUCCCCCCCGCCAGGACCGCCAGGACCGCCAGGACCGCCAGGACCGCCGUGAACCCGGCCAGGACCGCCGCGAACCCAGCCAGGCCCGCCGCGAAUCCAGCCAGGACCGCCGCGAAUCCGGCCAGGACCGCCGCGAACCCAGCCACCAUGGCCUCCAAGGCCUCCAAGGCCUCCAAGGCCUCUGCAUGGCACGCCCUCAACGUCGAGUCGGACCACGACCCCGACGACGACGUCGACGACACGCAGGAGAUCCAGAUCGAAGAGGCCCUCCGCCUCUACCAGACGGCCCUCAAGCUCCACUCCGAGGGCCCGCCGUCGUUCCUCAAGACGGCCGCCGCGUACAAGGAGCUCUUCGACUCGGACAUUUUCAAGUACAACGAGUCGCUGUCCGAGUACAAGCGCCAUGACGUCUUCGGCGACAGCCUGGUCUUCGAGUCCAUCCUGGAGGACGACUUCGAGGCCGGGCCCGCGCAGCUGGUCGGCGCGGCCGACAGCGCGCCGAACACGCUCCCGCAGAUCCUGCAUCUCUCCUACAAGAACCACGGCCAGUUUCUGCUGGAGCUGAUGCAGCACUGGGUCGCCCAGCACGGCCCCAUCGCAGGCGUCGACGGCGGGAACAACCUGAGGGCCGCCCUCGGCUACUUCGCCGAGGCCCUGGACAAGGAGGACACCGACCUCGACCUGUGGCUGCGCGCUGCCUCGGUGGCCGCCAUGCUGGGCAGCAGGCGUCUGGCCCGCUUCUGUCUCGAGGCAGUCAUGGACGGCAACGACGAGCUGUGGGAAAGCCUGCUGCGUCUGCCCGGCCUCGAGGAGGGUCUGGCUGGCCAGCAGCUGCGCCAGCUGGUGGGAAAGCUCCAGGACAAUGUCUCCUUGAUGCAGCCGCCUCUGUCCAUGAUGAAGCCCAAGACGCUGUCCAAGUCCCUCACGAAGCGCCUGAACCCCUAUCCGUUUGCGCCACUGCCCGCAGACGUGGCCGAGAUCAGCAGCAGGCGCGCUGUCGAGCCAGCGCCUGGCGCCGUUGGCCUUGCACCGCCAAAGUGGGACUGGUCGAGUGUUGGAGAGUCGAUACUCCAGCACCUCUUGGCUGAGCGAGGGGGCCUCGUGCCCGACACCGCGCCCGGCGCUCGUGUGCAACUGAUCAUUCCUGCCGAGUGCGAAUCGCCAGAGCCCGUCGACGUCGACGUCGACGUCGACGCCGACGCCGAGACGUCGCCUGUCCCAGCUGCAGAAGAGCUCAUGGAUGUUCAGCCUUCACCGCCUCGGAUUGUGGAGCCGUCCCGUCCUGCUGUCGAGGCAGAAGCGCCCACAAAGGAGGAAGCCAACGCUGGAGCUGGUCGGGAAGACAAUGCUGGAGCUGCUCGAGAAGCCAAUGCUGGAGCUGCUCGAAAAGACAACGCUCAAGACGCAGAGGUCUCGGCAGUCACCGACGUCGCUCCAGCCCCUUCGCGCAAACGAUCGACAGAUUCCGCCGGCCUUCCGGAGACUGCAGAUGGCGGCCGUGCGAAGCGUGUACGUACUCGCAACACAGCAACCGGGCAAGCUGGUGAGACAGUCGUACAGGAUGCGAGCAGUCUGCUUGAGAGACAACUGGAGCCAUUCGCUCACGCCGACCAAUGCUUGUACGAGAUUGUCAAUGACAUCUAUACUCGCCUGAGCGUCAAAGGCCUUGCGCAGCCCAAUGAGCUACGAGCCCUUUUGCUUGCCCUUCCGGGAUCCACCGCUACCAAGACCGGUGACAAGGCUGCGUGCGACAUGUACAUGGCUCUGCAGAACGGCAACAGCAGUGCUGCGCAAGUCCUACUGAGCACCGAGUCGUUCGACUUGGUCGGUCUAACAAGGGAGGCUGGUCUCAAUGCGUUCCUGGGCUACGCAAAGUCAGGUGCCGGCCAAUCGUCGCCCAAGCCAGUGCUGCAAGAUCAGGGCUUGAGUGCGUUCGCGCAGAGCGUCAAUGAGAGCUGGUUCUCCAUCAAAGAGGUUGUGUUUGCCUGGGUCGAGGUACUGCUGUCUCGAGGCUCUCUCGCAGGGCAGGCAUCGUCGCACGACGCACCGGCAAGCUAUCUGGGCUUCAAGUGGGCCGAGGACCUCAAGCGAAACGUCGUCCAGGCCAUUGUGCACGUUGACGAGUACAUACUCGAGCGCAUGCAGAUGCGCAUAAGCGAUCUGGACGACCGCAUCUUGAAGGCUCGCCUCCAGUCACAAACCCUCGCGCUGUCCGAAUUCGAUCAGUCUCAGAUCGAGAUUGUCCAGACUUUGUUUGAGCUCCACCUCGAUAUCUACUCGCUGAUCAAGCAUCCGCACAGCCAAGUAGAUGGAUCGACCAAAACUUUGCAGAGCGACCGACUUGAGCGCUGGUCUGCCCUGGCACGGGACGCCAUACAACUCCGCUCUUGCUGCAGCUCAAACGUCGGCAUGGACGACUUGUCCCUCCGGCAUAUCUGGGCGUCGGUGUUCCACAUGAGCGUCAAAGACGACAUUGCGCCUGAGCAUGUACUGUCUGCCAUUGCAGAACUAAAGGCUAUAUUCGUUGCGCUAGACGGUCGCACGAUCCAGGUGCAGAACAACGCUGUCAUGCCCGAGCUAUCUGUAGCUGCCCUUGAUCGUGAGCUUGUGCGCAUCAGCAUGAAGGACUUUUUUCUGAAGGUCUUCGACCACGAUGAGAAGGACCCCGUAACGGUCAUUGAGAGCCUGGAGCCCAUCUUGGAGCAGAGCGAUAUAGCCGAGGCAACAGAAAGCCCUCCAACCGGCCAAGAGGCGGUCUCGCAACGGCGCGCAUCGCCUGACGCUUCAGACCGUGCCUCCGACCUAGGGUCGCAAGCAGAGCUUGAACAAGCCCGACCCUCUCCCAUUCUCGAGAUGCGCAAGUUCCUCGACUCGGCUAGCGUCAACGUCCGUCUUUCGCUAUGGCAGAGGCUUCGUGAAGCAUACGAUGCCAUUGAGUAUCCUCCAAAGGUGCUGUCCUGCUAUCUCAGAAGCAUCGAGGCGUUCGUCGACGAUUUCGAGACCAACAAUUUCCAGGACUUGUCGCUGGCUGAGCGCCAGGUCAAGCUCUUGACCCGCUUCCGGGUCAUCGACGAGAUGAUUGUCAAGAUUCUGCAGAUCAUGCGCGGAGAGACGGCAGCGUUCGAUUGCUUGUCCUUCGAGCAUGUUCAGUCAUCAAUGUCGGCGGUUGCGAAACUGCUGCACAUCCUCUCAGCCGCCAACAUGUUCCGGGAUUUGAUCCGCAUUGGGAAAACCCCAAUGCCCAGAAUUGAAGGACUGCCUGGUCAAGCGUUUGUCAACAUGUCCACCAGGCUUGACGACAUCCAAUUGCGGCUCUGGACCUUGCAAUACUACUUGUUCAGGGAAGGGCUGUCACAGGAUGCUGCUCACUUUCCCACACCGUCUGACGAUCUGUUCGAGUUUCUACGACACGUUCACCAUGCUACUGGAAUUCGUGGCUUCUGCCACCAGUCCGGACGCCAAUUCCUGCGGAUGACGAAGGAUGAGAUUCUGCGCUUGGACGAUAUCAUCGAUGCUAACAGCCGCGAUCUCGAGUUUUGCCAAGUACUGCACGAUCUCUACGGUCUCAAGCUGUUCAUCGAGCCUCUCGACUGCCAUGACUUCUCAUCGGUACCCGACACCCUGGACAAGAAGGCUGCCUUGAGCCUCCUUCCCUUUGUCAUGUCGCAAGCCGCCAAGGUGGAUCUGAAAGAUCUACCCAAGACUAAGCAAGAGCUGAGAGCCUCUAUUGAAAAGGUUCACGCAGCAUUGGGGCGGCCCAAGCAGCACGACGAUGUUGCAUUCAACCGCAAAGCCAUCUCUUCGUUCUUCAAGUCGCCCAUACAUCCCACGACGCUCUUCAACUGCCUCAAAGGCGUUGGCUCGCUCGUCAAUCGAACCAUCCCUGACGAAGAAGCUCUUGCUGCGUCAAAGGGCUGGUUUUUCCUCAUGGGCAACAUCGCUCUUAGCAAAUUCCGAUCACAGAAGCGCAUGACUCAAGGACCCACAGAGGAUCUCAACUACGCGCAGGCCUUUUAUCUACAAGACUUGGAGUACUCUGCCGAACGGUGGGAGACUUGGUAUCGUAUUGCUCAGGUGUAUGAUACGCAGCUCGAAGAAGCCGUGUCUUGGAAUGCGGACAAGAUGAACAGCAACACGAUCGAGCUAUCGAACCUCCAACGCGGUGCGAUCAACUGCUACACUAUGGCAGUCGCAUGCUCUAUGCGUGAAGCUGACGCUUUGUCCCAAGAGCAAGCUCAGAUAGCGCAGAUGUACACUGAGUUUGGCGACCGCAUCUAUGCAUCGUCUCGGGAGCCUUUCGGCAUGGAAGCCUUUCAAAUUCGGGACAGCGAGAGACGCUUCGUCAACCUGCCGGGCCUGCCAGGCGUACAACGCGAUGUACCAUUCGCCGCGCUGCAGCCGUACAACGCAUGGAAAUUUGCCAGCUCGCUGUACAGGCGAGCCAUCAGGAACAAUCCAGACAAGUGGUGGAAUCACUACAUGCUAGCAAAGGGCCUCUGGAAGAUGUGGGCUGCAAACCAGGACGUUUACAUCAAAGCAGUCUCUUCGGGCCUUGCACCGCCGGAGGAACGCGGUCCAAGCUGGGAAGAUGUGAUCAACCCUGCUGUCGGCGCUAUCCACAGGCUGCCGGACAAGAAGGGCAGAAGUGGCGAACCCAUACUUGAGCCGCACUACAAGCUGGUCUCGAUCGUGCACAAGCUCGUUAAGCGCGGAGCCAUUGAUCAGACCAAAGGCGCCGAGCUCUUGUCCAACACCUUUUACUCGAAGAACAUUGGCGCUCCGGGGAACCUGGAUGAAUGGGAAGGCUAUGUCCUCGCUCUCAUCAAAGCAUUGCGUCAAGCAGAUAAGUCUUCUUGGCACCACCGCAUCAUAGCACGAUCGGCCUACAUCCUUUCCGACGGCGACAAGGACCUCAUCCAGGCGCACGCUGCCAAACACGAACUCACCCAAACGAUCUUCACCAAGACCAUGGCAGUCCAGGUGUGGAAGCCGGAGUACGAGCGACCAGGCCGUCAUUUCGUGUACACGCUACGCUAUACAAAGUUCUUCAUCGAUCUGCUGGACUUCACUGCCGACAAGGCCAACUUCGAAGCGCUGGCAAGGCGCGUGCGCCGCAAACAGACAGACUUCUUCCAGCACAGCGAGCUAUGGAAGGACCUUUGCACCCGCUACCUGAGGCUGCUGCGUCGCAUGGGCAACGUCAAUGAGGGACAAGAAGACUCCGCUUUUAAAUCGGUUAAUCAGGAAGACUUCAGCGCCCUCGCUGCACGAAUGGAGGCAUGGUGUCAGAGUCCGUCUACCCAGCAUCACGUUCUGGACGUGCUUCGGGACGCCAUCGAGCUCAAGCGGCUCAACAACGGCCUCAUGAAGCCAACAAUGAUCGACGACCUGAUUGGCGACAGCUACGCCAUGCUGUACACUAUAGUUGGACCCACGCUGCCACCUUUGUCGUCUGAACAGCAACAACCGGCCGUACAACCUGGCACCGUCACUCCAAAAGCGUCAGCCAACCCCCUGUCCGUUGCGUCGAUGAUGACAGUCCAAGUUGAUGGCACAGCUGACGGCCACAACACGCCAUUCACGAUGUUCCAUCCCAGCCAACUGCACCCGCAGCAGCCACCGUCGCUGCCCCAAGCCGCGACAGUACCCGAGCAGGUUCCCAAGCCCAGAGCCAAAGCUGUAGGCAAACGAGAGAUCCAGCGACGAGCCGAGGCCUGUGUGCAGAAAACCGCUACAGCCAGCACGCCCCAGCAGAGUACCUCGAUGCCCAUCCGCUCUCCUCCUGUGGCCAACGGCACCAUCCCUUUGCUCUUCCAGCGCCAGUCAACCGACAGACCAGAUCAGCCUGCGCCGCUUCAUGCGAGCGCAGGUCUGGGCGCCUCCCUCCUCGCAACAUCCGCCUUCUUCGACAGCGCGCCCGGCACGGCAACCGCGAGCGUCAACAACGACCACGCUCACGACACCGAGCACGAGCACGAGCACGACAACGAGGCCGACCAAGACGCUGACGAGAACGAGCACGAGCACGAGCACGAUGGCGAGGGCGAUGGCGAGGGCGAUGGUGAGGCCGAGGGCGAGGCGGACACAGACCACGCUCUCCAAAACCCCAACGACGCCGCCGACGACGCCGACGACGAAUCCGAACUCAGCGAGCUCGACGAGUCAGAAGUGCAGGAAAUCGCCCACGAGGUGCAGCAACACGAGCGCCGUAGCGCGGGGUUCGCCGCGCUCAAACCCAUGUUUCCCGGCUUGUUCGCGGGGCGCGCGGGUGUCGAGAGGGGUGCGGCGGGUAUGUCUGUUGGCGGAGGCGCUUUUGCGAUGUCGGGUAAGAUGCCGGCAGUGCUUGCGAGGCAGGAUGAGGGUGCUGACGAGGAGGACGAGUAGGAUGAGGAGGGGGGGAUGGAUGUUGAUGUGAAGUGAAAGAGGGGGGGUAGAAGUGCUGCUCCACAGAGCGGAGUGUCUUGGGCAAGGAAGGAAGGAGCGGAUUGUGUGACGUAUCGGUGUUGCUUACAGGAUCACGGCGUCUCGAGGGAGGGUGGGCGUAAUGAUAUAGAUAGAUAGAUACCCAGUACUGCCAAUCAAGCGUUCGAACGGCCUAACUGCGGAAUCAAUUCGCGAUUUGUACGAGGUGGCUUCGAAUUGUCCUCGACGACGGGAAUGUUGCGUCCUGCCUGUCUUUGCACCGCCGUGGCCGCUCACACACUCAGCAUCUCCACGAC